GAAGUAUUUGAAUGGUCAAGAUGCGCCAGAAAAGUCGCACCAAAAGUUUCUGCAAAGAACUAAUGCCACCUCCUAAAUGAGGAUGUAGUGAUCAGGUCAAAGCUCUACCGAUCUGCUCUCUAAAGGCAUCAGUUUCAGUCUUUUCUUCUCAGGAUUUCAUUCAGAAGAAGCGAUGCCGAAGCUUUCCGCUGCUGUGGAGUUCAUGCAUUGUGGGAUGAUAAAACCUGCAGUUUUGCACUGUCAGGGAAUUGGUCAUGCAGAAAGGCAUGAAAGGAAUGUUGAAUUGCUCAAACAGAAAACUGAAUAUUUAUAUGAUAUGAGAGAUUCUGUUAAGCAAGAACUAAUUAAAGAAUUAAUGUUCGGGACAUGUGAAACAAUGGAAUAUCAGAAAUGGCUUAGCAAGGAAAGAGAAAUUGAAUAUUGUGUGAAUGACAUGGUAAGAUUUAAUAAGGAGAAUUCAGAUGGUCCAGUAUUAUCAUGUAUGAAACCACCAGAUAUUGAUCUCAUGAAUACACUUGAUGAGGUUACUUACCAUUUAGAGAAUGUUCCAUUGGGGCAUCAUUCAGUGGCUCAUGCACCAUAUAGGGAAACAAAAACAUUGACCAGCUCAAGAAGUGCUGGCAAGACAUAUGGAAAGGUUGAAAAUACCAAGAAUGUGAAACAGAAAAGCAAGGCUGGGAGUGGACGUGAAUCAAACAUUGAAGUGCUGGUUCAGGGGAAGAAAGCUUCACAGAAAGAAAUGGCACAUAGUGAAUCAGCACAACCUCUAGAUAAAUUUAGUUCCAAGAUUGGACAUAAUAGUGCGAUGUUCAGUUCACUAUUGCAUCGUUCAGAGGGUCAAUCGCGACAGACGGCAACAAAGACAUCAUCCGAUCCUAGAACUGGAAGCAAGACAUAUGGACCGGUUGAAAAGUUUAAGAAUGUGAACCGGAAAAUAAAAGCUGAGAGAAAAGGCAUAUCAAAUGUGGAAGCAUCAGUAAAGAGUCUGCAGGGUUCACCAGCAUCAUAUAGAUCUUCUGCUCAGAUUUUAAAAGGAGGUUCAGUUGUUCAACUUGAAGAUGCGAUGACUUCUCCUAUAUCAAGUGACUUUGAGGAGCCAAUUGAGUCAUUAUCUACGGCAUUUACAGAAUCUUUGUCAGCUGGGGAUCAGACUUACACAUCAAGCCUGGAAACAAAAACAGAAUAUGAGAUGCAUUCAUUACAAACAGAUACUUCAUCCUUGCGUGAAUCUGAAAUUCAACAUACUUCAGGUGAAACAAUUAGGGGAUUAUCUGCGCAUGUGGCAGGCUCUGGGGAAACUAUUUCUGAUGAAAAUGAAAGGAUGCCUCCAAUUCAUGAGACAGAAUUUGAGACUGUACCUGCUCAGAUUGAAGGAGAAGAUCAGAUGCAGCCUAAGUUUAAUGCCAGUGUUGAGCAAUCAGUUGAGUCUGGUGCCCGGGUAGCAGUUUUCAGAUCAGACCCAAAUAGUAUAACUGCUGUAGAACUAGUGACAGCUUCUUCUUUCCAGAAAGAAGAUGAAAUUCCAACCGUGAAUAAAUCUGAGACUGAGAUCGCUUGUAAUAUUGAAAGAGAUCAGCAGUGGCUUGAAUCAGGUUUAGAUAUCAGGGGAUCAAUUGAAAGAACUGUGCUGAAGAUCUUGAGAAUCAUGGGUGAUGUUACAGCUAGAAAAAUCGGUGUUCAUGGAAUUGGUGGAAUUGGCAAGACUACUUUGUUGAAAGCCUUGAGCAGUUACCCUGAAACAAAACGUUCAUUUGACUUGAUUAUCUUGGUGACUGUCUCAAGAUUUUGGAGCAUGAGAAAGAUCCAAAAUGAGGUUUUAAGACAGCUGUCAUUAUGUUGUGAAGAUUGUGAAACUGAUUUUCAAGUUGCUGAAAGAUUAUUUCAUGUUUUGAGUAGGAGGAAGUUUUUGUUGCUUCUAGAUGAUGUCUGGGAACAGGUUGAUUUAGAGGCUGUGGGAAUUCCUGAUCCUAGUUCAGAAAAUGGAUGCAAGGUACUAGUGGCAUCUAGAAAAUUGGACAUUUGCCAUGCCAUGGAUGUGGUUAGAGACGUUGAACUGGGAACUCUCUCAGGAGAGGAAGCUUGGGAACUGUUUUAUGAACAAGUGGGUGGAAUCAUUGACUCGCCCAAUAUCCGGCCUUUUGCCCAAGCUAUAGUUGAGGGCUGUGGUGGUUUGCCACUAUUGAUUGUUGUUACUGGAAGGGCAUUAAGUGAUGAAAGGAGUAUUUCUGUUUGGGAGCAUGCAUCGAGGAAAUUGUCACUGCCUAGUGCUGGAAUAUAUCAAGUAGAAGGUGUAAUCCAAAAAUUGAAGUUCAGCUUUGACCAAUUGAAGGAUCAUGAAACAAAGAGUUUUUUCCUCCAUUGUUGUUUGUUUUCAGAAGAUCGAGAGGUUAACAUUUUUGAAUUUAUAGAAUAUUGCAUCGAGGAAGGUAUUAUAAUUGGGAGUCGGGCUGAUGCACAUAGGAGGGGACUCGAUAUUGUUGAUGUUCUAGUUUGUAAUUUUCUGUUGCAACUUACUGAAGGUGGUGAUUCCAUCAAAAUGCAUGGUUUGGUAAGAGAUUUAGCUCUGGGGAUCUUGUCAGUGGCAGAAGGUAGUCAGUAUCUAUUGAGAACUGCUUAUUCAAGAUUAACAAAACCAUCAAGUCCAGGUGGUAGUCUAUCUUCCAUCUCACCUAGAAGUCCAGAAGGCAACAAAUUGUUUGUUUCUGAAAGUCAUCAAUUCUUAUUGAGAGCUGGUGCAGGUCUAACUGAAGCACCUUCAGAGGAGGAAUGGAAAAAAGCCAAGAUGAUCUUUUUGAUGAUGAAUGAGUUAUGCACUCUUCCUGAGAAACCAAGUUGCCCUGAACUUUUGAUGUUGUAUCUUCAAAGAAACUAUCAGCUGAGGAUGGUACCUGUGUCAUUUUUUGACUCCAUGACUUCACUCAAAGUGUUGAACCUGUCUAAGACCAGAAUCAAAUCAUUGCCAAAGUCACUUUUUAAGCUUGAAAACCUCCAAAUUCUCAUUCUACGUGAUUGUGAACGCCUAAUUGUGCUCCCUCCCGAGGUUGGAUCUCUUGAACGUUUGGAGGUGCUUGAUGUUCAAGGCACUCAGAUUAGUAGAUUACCUGAUGAAAUCGUUAAAUUGGCAUCGUUGAGACAUUUGCUAGUAUCCUUUUAUGGAUCUAGCAACUACGAGUAUGGUAACUUGCCACAUAAAUUGAUUUCAAGUGGGAUUUUAUCAAGGUUGCACUUGUUAGAAACUCUAAGUAUUGUUGUGUACCCUGGAGAUCAACGGUGGUACGAGGAUGUGAAAUCAGUCAUACUUGAUGUCAACAUCUUGACAAAGUUGAGAUCUCUCUGUUUUGAUUUCCCAGAAGUAGAUCUUCUUGAUCUGUUCCUCCAAACAAGCGUACCAUGGAAAACUCAACAAUUAACUAAGUUCAAAUUUGUGGUAGGUCACGAUAUCAAGAGCAUAACCUCUCGGGUGCCAUACUAUGUGGAGUUUGAUUAUAGUCAACAAAUUCGAUGCUUGUGAUUCGUAAAUGGUGAGAAUAUGUCUGAUACAGUUCUUAGAACAUUAUCUCGUAGUACUGCUUUCUAUCUAGAUCAUCACCUUUGCGUUCGUGGUCUAACCAACUUUGGAGUUGAUAAUGUCAAUGGGUUGAAUUUUUGUAUAUUAAGUGAAUGCCCCAAGAUUGAAACACUUGUGGAUAGCAGGGAACUUACCACGACUAUUUUCCCAAUCCUGGAGAACUUAAGUCUUCAUUAUUUGUGGAAUUUGACACAUAUUUGGCAAGGAAAUUUACCGAAAGGAAGCUUUGCUGAGCUAAAAAUUUUGUCAGUGCAUGCAUGUCCAAAGGUGAAAUAUAUGUUUAGCAGUUCAAUGAUUCAAUUUGUUCCUAAAUUAGAGGAGUUGACAGUUGAAGAUUGUCUUGCCAUUGAAGAAAUCAUUCAUGAGAGUGAGAUAAUUGAUUCUGGUUGCAACACACUCCCCACUUUGAAGAAGUUAACUCUUCAUUAUUUACCCGGAUUAGUUAACAUUUGGACGAGUUCUUGUGCCCCUCUAGAGCGUAUUAGUUUCUACAAUUGCCCUAACUUGAAGAAGAUUUGUAAGGAUUCCAUAUCAAAAGAAACAGUUAUAGAGAUUAGGGCAGAGAAGAGUUGGUGGGAUGAAUUAGAGUGGGAAGAUAUUGAAUGGCAUUUGCAUCUUCAAGACCGUUUCAUGGCUAUUUGUGAAGAAGAUUUGUAGAAAAAAAUUACCAGCUCAGAUAAACUUAAGGGUUUAGUCUUGGCACACCCACUUCGCUAGCAAACAAGUCUAGGAUUUAGUUUAUAGAUUAGUCCUCAUAUCUAAGUAGGCGCUUUCCUAAAAUGAAUUCCGUACAGGUUUGUGUCCAAAGCGGAUAAUGUCUACAUAUUUGGAACUAGAAUAACACAAAUCUAGUGGUUGACAAUUGUUGUCCAAGUAUUAACUCUUUUAAGAAUUUGU